GGCGGGUCAGCGCGCAGGCGCAGUGCGUCGGUCGCCGGCUACUGCGGUGCGUCCCCACUUCCCUUAGCGCUGGCCCGGGAGAAGGAAAGAUGGUGCUGGAUCUGGAUUUGUUCCGGGUGGAUAAAGGCGGGGACCCGGCUCUCAUCCGAGAGACGCAGGAGAAACGUUUCAAGGACCCGGGGCUCGUGGAUCAGCUGGUGAAGGCAGACGGCGAGUGGCGACGAUGCAGAUUUCGGGCAGACAACUUGAACAAGCUGAAGAACCUAUGCAGUAAAACAAUUGGAGAGAAAAUGAAGAAAAAGGAGCCCAUGGGAGAUGAUGAAUCCAUCCCAGAGAACGCAUUAAACUUCGAUGACCUCACGGCAGACGCGCUAGCCAACCUGAAAGUCUCACAAAUCAAAAAAGUCAGACUCCUCAUCGAUGAAGCCAUCCUCAAGUGUGAUGCAGAGCGUGUGAAGCUGGAAGCAGAGCGGUUUGAGAACCUCAGGGAGAUCGGGAACCUUCUGCACCCCUCUGUGCCCAUCAGUAACGACGAGGAUGCCGACAACAAAGUAGAGAGGAUUUGGGGUGACUGUACAGUCAGGAAGAAGUACUCUCACGUGGACCUGGUGGUGAUGGUAGAUGGCUUUGAAGGUGAAAAGGGGGCCGUGGUGGCUGGCAGCCGAGGAUACUUUCUGAAGGGGGUCCUGGUGUUCCUGGAACAGGCACUCAUCCAGUAUGCGCUCCGCACCUUGGGAGGCCGGGGCUACACUCCUAUUUACACCCCCUUUUUCAUGAGAAAGGAGGUCAUGCAGGAGGUGGCACAACUCAGCCAGUUCGAUGAAGAACUUUAUAAGGUGAUUGGCAAAGGCAGCGAGAAGUCCGAUGACAACUCCUAUGACGAGAAGUACCUGAUCGCCACCUCAGAGCAGCCCAUUGCCGCUCUCCACCGGGACGAGUGGCUCCGGCCGGAGGAUUUGCCCAUCAAGUACGCUGGCCUGUCCACCUGCUUUCGCCAGGAGGUGGGCUCCCAUGGCCGUGACACCCGCGGCAUCUUCCGAGUCCAUCAGUUUGAGAAGAUUGAGCAGUUUGUGUACUCGUCACCGCACGACAACAAGUCAUGGGAGAUGUUUGAAGAGAUGAUCGCGACCGCAGAGGAGUUCUACCAGUCCUUGGGGAUCCCCUACCACAUCGUGAAUAUCGUCUCAGGUUCUUUGAAUCAUGCUGCCAGUAAGAAGCUCGACCUGGAGGCCUGGUUUCCGGGCUCCGGAGCCUUCCGGGAGUUAGUCUCCUGUUCGAACUGCACAGACUACCAGGCUCGCCGGCUCCGAAUCCGCUACGGGCAAACCAAGAAAAUGAUGGACAAGGUGGAAUUUGUGCACAUGCUCAACGCCACCAUGUGCGCCACUACCCGGACCAUCUGCGCCAUCCUGGAGAACUACCAGACGGAGAAGGGCAUCGUCGUGCCUGAGAAAUUGAAGGAGUUCAUGCCUCCAGGUCUUCAGGAACUGAUCCCCUUUGUGAAGCCUGCACCCAUUGACCAGGAACCCUCAAAGAAGCAGAAGAAGCAGCAUGAGGGCAGCAAAAAGAAAGGGGCGGCCAGAGAUGUCACCUUGGAAAACCGGCUGCAGAACAUGGAGGUCGCCGAGUCCUGAAUGGCCCCUCCCUCCGCCAGCUUUUACUGUCUGCUGGCACCCAGAGCCCGCUCCCGGCAUUGAAGCCGAGCACCCACUCAUCGCCAUCCCACCUGACUUUUAGCACAGCUAAGAGGGGAGCCGUCUGCAGUGUCCGCGGCAGUGUUCCCGUCUCCGCAUGGGCAUAGGAUCACUCACUGACUGGCUGGGGAAACCAUGUAAUAAAGCAUCUCUGGGGAAGGCAAGGACUCUCCUCGGUCUCCUUCCCUGGGCUCGAACCCAGGCUCUGACAGUUCCCCCUG